GGUGGUGACCACUGGGUUUGGGACACGGUUCUCAGUGCUCUGUGUGGUGCUGCGGGGCCGCCCUGCACCCAGGCCAGGGGUCACCGCUGGGUUUGUGCAGCUGGUGCCAAAAGCAGCACUUUGCACAGCCCAGCCUGGGAAGGAGAAUGGAGCCGUGUAACUGGGCAGCGGGCAGGGCCUCCUCCAGGGCUUCCAGCAGCCUUCGCAGUCCGUGGGGGACUUGGCCGGGCCCGCAGAGCGGGGACUGAUGAAGCUGUUGUUACAGGGCCACACUGCACCUUACAAAACGGUCUCCACCCGCGCGGCCAUCCCGUCCACCAUCCUCCGGCUUCCAGCUGCGGCUUUUCACGGAGUUUUUGAGAAAUAUCCAGAAACUCUGGUGAGGGUGGUGCAGAUCAUCAUGCUGCGGCUGCAGAGAGUGACCUUCCUGGCUCUGCACAACUACCUCGGCCUGACCACAGAGCUCUUCAACCCUGAGAGCCAGGCCAUCCCUCUCGUGUCUGUAGCCAGCGUGGCUGCCGGGAAGGCCAAGAAACAGGUGUUCUGUGGUGAAGAAGAGCGGCUUAAAAAGCCACCGCGGCUCCAGGAGUCCUGUGACUCAGCAGAUCAUGGGGGCGGCCGCCCAGCAGCUGCUGGGCCUCUGCUGAAGAGGAGCCAGUCCGUUCCCGCGCCUUCUGUUCGCAAAGAGAUCCUGGACGAGCUGGAGAAGCCCGGGGCGGGUGACGCUGACCUUUCAGCCCCACAAGGGGGCCCAGCCAGUGCCACUUCCGAUCUGGGGAUGGCAUGUGACCGUGCCAGGGUCUUCCUGCACUCGGACGAGUACCCCGGGAGCUCCAUGGCCAGCAAGUCCAAGAAAAACGCGAUGGUCGCAGAGAUGCCCUCCCCGGUCUCCCACCACUCAGAGAGUCACGCGGAUGAGACCCUGGCCAGCAGGAAGUCGGACGCCGUCUUCAGAGCUGCCAAGAAGGACCUGCUCACCCUGAUGAAGCUGGAAGACUCAUCUCUAUUGGAUGGCCGGGUGGUGCUUCUCCACGUUCCUGCAGGCACGGUGGUGUCAAGGCAGGGAGACCAGGACGCCAGCAUCCUGUUCGUGGUCUCCGGGCUGCUGCACGUGUACCAGAGGAAGAUCGGCAGCCAGGAGGACACCUGCCUGUUCCUCACGCGCCCCGGGGAGAUGGUGGGCCAGCUGGCGGUGCUCACCGGGGAGCCGCUCAUCUUCACCAUCAAGGCCAAUAGGGACUGCAGCUUCCUGUCCAUCUCCAAGGCCCACUUCUAUGAAAUCAUGCGGAAGCAGCCGACCGUCGUCCUAGGCGUGGCGCACACCGUAGUGAAGAGGAUGUCGUCCUUCGUGCGGCAAAUCGACUUUGCCCUGGACUGGGUGGAGGUGGAGGCCGGACGAGCGAUAUACAGGCAGGGGGACAAGUCUGACUGCACGUACAUCAUGCUCAGCGGCCGGCUGCGCUCUGUGAUCCGGAAGGACGACGGGAAGAAGCGCCUGGCCGGGGAGUACGGCCGAGGAGACCUUGUUGGUGUGGUGGAGACGCUGACCCACCAGGCCCGGGCGACCACAGUGCAUGCCGUUCGGGACUCAGAACUGGCCAAGCUGCCGGCAGGAGCCCUCACAUCCAUCAAGCGCAGGUACCCACAGGUGGUGACUCGGCUGAUUCAUCUCUUGGGUGAAAAGAUCCUGGGCAGCCUCCAGCAGGGACCUGUGACAGGCCACCAGCUUGGGCUCCCCACGGCGGGCAGCAAGUGGGACUCGGGGAACCCGGCUGUCAAUCUGUCCACGGUGGCCAUGAUGCCCGUGUCAGAGGAAGUGCCCCUCACCGCCUUCGCCCUGGAGCUGGAGCACGCCCUCAGCGCCAUCGGUCCGACCCUGCUGCUGACCAGUGACAACAUAAAACGGCGCCUCGGCUCCGCUGCUCUGGACAGUGUCCACGAGUACCGGCUGUCCAGCUGGCUAGGGCAGCAGGAGGACACGCACAGGAUCGUGCUCUACCAGGCAGACGGCACGCUCACACCCUGGACCCAGCGCUGCGUGCGCCAGGCCGACUGCAUCCUCAUCGUGGGCCUGGGUGACCAGGAGCCCACGGUGGGCGAGCUGGAGCGGAUGCUGGAGAACACAGCUGUGCGUGCUCAGAAGCAGCUGAUCCUGCUGCACUGGGAGGAGGGCCCGUCGCCCGCCCGCACCGUGGAGUGGCUGAACAUGCGGAGCUGGUGCUCCGGCCACCUGCACCUCUGCUGCCCGCGCCGCGUCUUCUCCAGGAGGAGCCUGCCCAAGCUGGUGGAGAUGUACAAGCGCAUCUUCCAGCGGCCCCCGGACCGACACUCAGACUUCUCCCGCUUGGCGAGGGUGCUGACGGGCAACGCCAUUGCCCUGGUGCUUGGGGGAGGGGGAGCAAGGUGA